CAAACCCCUCAUCCGUGCACCUUGUGCUUCUCUUCUGCCAUUGCCGCGAGAUCUUCCACUUUCCACUUCACUUCUCGUUCCUCUCUCAAAAAUAUUUACAUGUAAUAAAUAGUUAAAUAAUAAUAAUAAUAAUAAUAAUAAUAAUAAUAAUAAUAAUAAUAAUAAUAUUGAAUUUUUGAAGCUAUUAUUAGAUAGUAGUUUAGGAAAAGUUCUCUUCAGGGUUUUGGAUGUUUUGCUUUCCUUCAUUCAAAUUCAAAGGUUCCAUCAAUUUUCUCUCUCAAUUUCAGUAAUGGCCGUUGCUGUUUCUACUCUCUGCUGGAUAUUCAAAGGAUUUUUUGAGUCAAGAGAAAGAGUAUGAGGAGCAGGAUUAGACAUAGGGGGAGAGGCGAAAUCAGGAGGAAAGAAGGAUAAUGAAGUGCCUGAAGUCAGGAGAGCCGCUGGGAGGAACAGACGAAACACGCCCUUCAUCUGAAUCCCUUGUAACUAUGGACUUCUUCUCAGCUAGUAGUCAUUCUUUCCUACCUGGGAAAUUUGAUAAGAAGCCGGACACUGGCAAUAUAGAAGAAGCAGAAUUGUCUUUGCGUGAGAGUGGCGUAUUGAACUAUGAGGAAGCUAGAGCACUACUAGGAAGAUAUGAGUAUCAAAAAGGAAAUGUAGUAGCUGCUUUACAUGUCUUUGAGGGAAUAGAUAUAGGUGUUGUGACUCCCAAGAUCAAACUUGCCCUUUCAAGAAACAGGGAACGCCGCAAGAAACAUUCCCAUAAUCAUGCUGAACCGGAGAUGUCUAUACAUGCUGUUGGCUUACUGUUGGAAGCACUCUUCCUAAAAGCAAAAUCUUUGCAGGUUCUUGAAAGAUUUAAAGAAGCUGCCCAAUCUUGCAAAGUUAUUAUGGACAUAGUGGAGUCUUCGUUGCCUGAUGGCUUGCCUGAUAACUUUGGUGCUGAAUGUAAAUUGCAGGACACCGUGAGCAAGGCAGUUGAGCUGCUUCCAGAAUUGUGGAAGCUUGCUGAUUGUCCGCGUGAAGCUACUUUGUCUUACCGACGAGCACUCCUUCACCAAUGGAAUCUUGAUGCAGGGACUACAGCAAAGAUUCAGAAAGAAUUUGUCGUUUUUCUUCUAUAUAGUGGUGCAGAAGUAAUGCCCCCUAAUCUGCGCACACAAAUGGAAGGCUCGUUUGUACCGGGAGACAACAUAGAAGAGGCUAUACUUCUUUUAAUGAUUUUGCUAAGAAAAAUCUCUCUCAAUAGAAUUGAAUGGGAUCCUUCCAUUUUAGACCACCUUUCAUUUGCUCUAUCUAUUUCAGGGGAUCUAUCAACUUUAGCCAAUCAUUUGGAAGAAUUGAUCCCGGGGACUAUCCAUCGAAGUGAAAGAUUCCAUGCGCUAGCACUUUGUUAUUACGGAGCAGGUAAGGACUCAGUGGCACUUGAUCUUCUCAGGAAAUUGUUGAGCGGUAGUGAAAGGCCGAAUUAUGUUCCCGGUUUGUUAAUGGCUUCUAAGAUUUGUUGCGAGAACCCAACUCUCGCAGAAGAAGGGGUAAGCUUUGCUCAGAGAGGGCUUGAGAGUUUGGAUGGAAGAUGCAAGCAGUUAGAAAAUGUUGCCAAUUUUUAUCUCGGUGUUUCACUUUCAGCACAAUCGAAAUUGGCUAUUUCUGAUUUUGAGAAGUUGAAGAGACAAUCUGAGGCACUUCAGGCACUUGAAACCGCUGGAAGAAUGACCAGAAUGAGAGACCCGGUAGUACUAUACCAUCUCAGUUUAGAGUAUGCAGAACAAAGGAAGUUGGAUGCUGCAGUUUAUUACGCGAAAUGUGUCGUAAAACUGGAAGGUGGUUCUGAUGUUAAAGGUUGGUUACUAGUGGCCCGGAUAUUAUCUGCUCAAAAACAGUUUUUGGAUGCCGAAUCCAUAAUAAACGCUGCCUUGGAUCAGACUGGGAAAUGGGAUCAGGGUGAUUUAUUGCGAGCAAAAGCUAAAAUUCAAAUUGCACAGGGCCAGUUAAAGAGUGCCAUUGAUACAUACACUCAACUUCUUGCCGUUCUUCAAAUUCAAAGUAAAAGUUUUGGUUCUUGGAAGAAGCUAUAUAAGGACAACAGAGAUCGUGCUAGGAACUUGGAAGUGGAAAUAUGGCAUGAUCUUGCUCAUGUGUACAUCAGUCUUUCCCAGUGGCAUGAUGCAGAGGCGUGUCUUUCAAAAUCUAAGGCCAUCAAACCAUACUCUGCUUCUAGAUGUCAUGCACUAGGUGUAAUGUAUGAAGCAAGGGGUCUUCAUAAAGAGGCUCUAAAAGCUUUUGGUGAUGCUUUGGACAUUGAUCCUGGCCAUGUCCUCAGCUUAAUCUCCACUGCUAAGGUACUUAGACAUUGCAGUAAACGAUCAAAUCCUCCAGUCAAAAGUUUUUUUAUGGAUGCACUACGGCACGACAGAUUGAAUGCUUCUGCUUGGUAUAAUCUUGGCCUUUUUUACAAGUCUGAGGGCACAAUAUCAUCAUUGGUUGAAGCUACAGAAUGUUUUCAAGCAGCACAGAAUCUUGAAGAAUCUACACCACUUGAACCUUUCAGAUGACAGAUUCAAAAGAAAUACUAAUGAACAAAAAAUGAUGACAAAACUAUUCAAGCAGUUCUGUGAUGUCACGAUUUACGCUUGGUGGUAUAUUCAUGUAUUAUUUUCACUGUCUUCAAAAGAUAAUCUAAAAAGCAAUAAAAAAAGAAAAGAAAUAAGGUAAUCCAUUGUAAAAUUUGUCUCAAAAUAUUUGUAAGCAAACAACUUAAUUAGAGCCAAGGAAAUAAAAAAUUCACAAUUAUGAUUUGUAUGUCAAA